AUGUCUGAUCUGCAUCAUACCACACCGCUAGCUCCUCCACCCUCUCUCGUCCUACAUACAGCAGUCGACUUCGUACAUAAGCAGGGCAUCGGUAUUGGAAUAGUCCAACGCACGCCGAUAGGCGCAGCCAGGAACAACACCAUACCAAUAACUAAGCGCAAGUACAGUGUGAAGGGCAGCCAGUUCACAUCCGAGAAUGUCAAGACGCCGAAAAGAGCUUACAUGUUCGCAAUUAUACUUGCGAUGGGGCUCGCACGAGGUACAAUCAAACGUCGAUGUACGAAGACACUCAAUAUCCGAAAAGUCACGGUGCUCUCUGAAGAUGUGCUGGAAAUUAGGAGCAAGGAGACGAUGAGAGCUAAGAUAUUGGCACGGCAGAAAGGGAGGAAGGCGUGUCGCAGUCGUUGUCAGGCGCAACACAAUGCUUUCAUAGAAGCAAUUACCGAUGUCAACUAG